UUGGCAGCACCUUGGCCAUGGGGAGCGGAGCUGGCAAAGCCAAGUCGGAGCCCAAACCUCCGGAGUUCGAUGUUCGGCUGUCAGAUUCGGUGAUUGAAGGGGCCAGGAGGGGAAAUGGUGGCUAUCAGGAUCAGUUUUUCGAUGAACUGAGCCACCUGGCAGCUUCUGGGCAGCCAGCUGCUCUUCAGAACCUCAUUUCCAGAUGGGACGACUGUGUCAAGAAGCAUGGUGCGAGGGAAGCGACUGUCGCUGCAGCAAAAAAUGGCCAAGCCGAUUGCUUGAAAGUUUUGCUGGACGAAGGAGUACGGCCCUUCAUCGGGAGGAACGACCCAGAGGUGAACCCCUUAAUCCAUGCAGUGGAAAUUCAAAGCUGGGAGUGCGUUGAAUUGCUGGUGCCCAGAUCAUUGAAGUACGACUUUUCAACAAGGCUUCUUCAAGAAGGAAUGUUGCCGUUUGUGAUCGCGGGAGAUCUUGAUAUGGUUAGCAAGUGUGUGCUAUCCCACAAAAUCCCAGGAAGCGGCAAGCUCCUUUGUGCCGCCUUGGUAGCAGGGCCUGACAAGUCUGCACAAGAUAUGAGCAGGGAGAUCUUGGAACACAUCAAAGAUCUGAAUGAAGUCAGCAGCUUGGAGGCCACGGAGCAGUACCACGGAUGGCAAGAGUAUGCCCCCAUUCACGCAGCCUGCCGAGUCACCAAGUCAGCUUUGCAGCCAUCUUUGCUGGAAUUCUUGCUGGAUCAGAAGGUGAAUUUGUCCAACUGGGGGAAGGAACUGAGCCUGAAGAGCAGUUUUGCCAAACGUUUGCCACUGCACUAUGCGGCUUCAAACAGAACAUGCCUGACGCCAUUCUGGAACGUAUGGCGAGAGCCUAUCCGGAAGCGCUAUUUGCACAUGUGAACGACGUAGCCGGGAGAGAUGUCCCGUGUCAGUGUGCAAAGCACAAUCAAGAGAGACAACAACUACUGGAACGGAUCAUGUACGAGCAUGUCUGCGAGUCUUUUGAUGCGCUGGAGAAAGAUGCACAGUACACGCGACUGAUCAGAAUGGCGUUGCUCUUCGAAAAGGUGAGAACACUCGAUGAAUCCAGACUCAGCAGAGGAAAGCUCUCCUUUGUUGUGACCACUUUGAUGCAGCGGAAGAUGGAAAGUUGGUCGGUUCCUGAAUCGCCCAGUGACUUUUCCGUGGAAGCUAGGCGCUUUGCCGAGACGAAUCCCCGUGUGAACUUGGGCAAAAACACUGGUGCCAAGAUUGCCAUGAAGAGCGUCUCGGAUCUUGGGCGCCUUAUCAAGAGUGACUUUUGGGAGCUUUUGAAGUUGGCGAAUCAUGGUGAAGCAACAGAGAUCCCACAUUUUGAAGAAAUGCUGAAUCGAGAGAUUCAAUCUCGAUUGAAAUGGGUGGCUUCUUCUUUGACUGCGGAUGCGAACUCGGACAUCACCAGAUAUGGCAUAUUUCUUUUCGCUGGCUUAAUUGCAGACAUCAUUGCAGCGAAACCAACAUCUGAGGAUGGCGAAGAGGAAGCUUCGCCGGGAAAAGGUGCUACAAUCUUAUCAGCAGUUGUCAAGAAUGUGGCCAGCGAAGACCUGGAAGCCGUGGUGAACGCGUACAGCGAAGAGCUUCAUCUGCCAAAGACCUGGAAGUUGUUGGAAGUCCUGCAUGAGGGGCUGAUGGCUGGAAGUGGCAUCAAGGAAAUUCUCUUCUCAGGUGGUGACCUCGUGAUCAAACGUGAGAUUCCGAAAGGAAGUCCCACCUUUCACUGGGUGGAGGGUCUCUUUGAAAAUACCUUCCUGAAGCGAUACACCCGAGACCGCAAGGGUGAGAAAGUUCCGGAGUCCUUGAAAGUGGAAGAGGUGGACCAGGUUGCUCUGAGAAUUGGGCAUUUCCCCCCAACUUGCAUCAAAUUGCCAUAAUUUGAAUAGGAGAAAUAUGGAGAAAGUGAUGAGAAAUCAUGAUAAACCAUUGAUUUUGAGAUGUUUUAGGGUAGCCAAGUUUGGAGAGACAACCAGGUCUUCAAUUGCGGCAGCUGGGGUGAAUAUGCCCUGCGACGGAAGCAGGUUCAGGCUGAGAUGGCAGAGGAAGGGGCCGCCUGGACUGGUGAGCUCCGGACUGACAGCUGCACCAAGGGAGAAGCAGCUGAUUGGUUCAGGACAGAUGAAUAUCCUGGAGGAGUCAAUGAGCACUGGCUGUAUCAUGGCACUUCCCUUGAAGGUGAAGCCGGCAUAACUGAAGGAGAUUUUAGAUUAAAUCUGGCUGGAAGCAAUGCUGGCACUUUGUAUGGCAAUGGAGUCUAUCUUGCAGAGGCUGUAUCCAAGAGUGAUGAGUACACAAGUCCCCAUGGGGCCAACGGCAUUCGCACCAUUCUCUUGUGUCUUUCAUGUUUGGGCCGGGUGAAUUACAAUGACGAGAGGCGGCCGGACGGAGAUGCAUUAGCAUCCUCAUGCAAAAAGAAGGGUGGUUUUCAUAGCAUUUUAGGUGACCGAGAAAAAAUCCGUGGCACCUACAGAGAGAUCAUUGUCUUUGACGAAGAUUUGAUAUAUCCUGGAUACAUUUGCCGCUACACUCGAGUGACUUAAGCGGCCAGUGGCAGGGAUUCUUUUUGUGCGUGUACUAUCGUGUAAUGAAGUUGUCGCAUGCGGCUCAUGGAAAUGAUUGGAAAUGUCUCACCAAGCCCCCAAAAGAGUGCGACGUCGCAAAAUUUGUGAUGUUGAAUCGAAACCCUGUCGCACCAAAUGUUGCGCGCAGAAAACCUGUGACGCUGCUUGAUGGCUAAAGCUGCUUGUAUUCUGCCGUAGAUACCCAUCAUGAUACUCGUUCAUGAACAGUUGUUGAAAGCAGGGACUGUAUCUUCC